UACCGCGGUACUUCCUGUUUUGGUUUUCUGUCGCUCCGUGCCUGCCUGGGUCGGGUCGAUAUGGAAGAAUUCUCGGGGCGUGGAGACACCCACAGUCUCCCCGUGAAGAUUCGCGGUUUCUGCGGACUCUUAUAAACCUGAACUGAAGCAGCGGGCAGUAGUAACACCUGCCGCGGGGCUCCAUACACCCUCACACCGCCUCUGAGUGCCCGCGACAUGGCACUCAGCUCGGGAGGCUGGGCUCCUCCAGCCCCGGUCUCUGCAUCAUCCCAGCAGGCUGCAUGCGGUGGGCCAGGGUUCACGGCUUGCUGCAGCACUGUUUUGAUGUCAGUACGGGUCUCUGUGUGUCAUUCCGGGAUCCGGCCCCUGUGUCUCCCUGGGGUCGGCAGCGAGGCUCUGCGGCUGCAGCUAAGCAUGGACCCGAGCCGGGCCGGAGAGUUCCGACUGGCGCUGCGAGAUACUAGCGGAAACCGCAGUGUGUUCAUUGCAGAGUUCGACCUUCGCUUGGUGCAGUAUGAGGUCAAAUCUUCACGCUGUCAUGAGAUGCGUCUGGCUACUCCGCCCCACGAUUGCAUCCGCUUCAACUUCCGCUGUGACCGAGAAGCCGAGGAGUGGGCCACCGUGGUGAUGUCAUCACUGAGGGAGGCACAUAGAGUCGCAAAUAUCAACACAUGUGAAUCAGACGGAAGACAAAGUAACACAACACCAGCAGCAGCGGCAGCUUCAGAGCAGUGGAGCUCAGCCUCACUGCCGCUCACUGAGGAGUUAUGCUUAGAGCUCGCCAAGGCAAUCGAGGCAGGGGACACCCAGGUGGCUUCACAGCACGCCGCGGCUCUGGCUCGGCAGAAAGCAGUGCUGACAGUACAACUGUCUGAGAAGAACUAUGCUGACGGAGAGAUCAGUCUAUCGGUAGUCGUGGAGGAUGUCUCGUCAUCGUGUUGUGUCACAGUUAAAGUCUUUCCUUACAUGACGGUGGCUGCACUCAAGCAACAGGUGUUCCUCGAGUACGGUUUCCAUCCUCGCGUGCAGCGCUGGGUGAUCGGUCAGUGCUUGUGCACCGAGCCGAGGUCACUGGCCUCCUACGGGGUGCAGAAAGACGGCGAUACAGCGUACCUUUACCUGAUCUCUGCCCGACAAGCUCGCAUCACCCGCCAGCUGUUCCAGCAGGACCUGGAGAGCGCCCUCCUUGCUCCGCCCCUCCCGCCAGGCAACGGCCCCACCGCACAAGACUGGAGGGGCUACAACACCCUGCCCUCCAGGCUAACCCACAACAAACAGGGGAGCACAAGUGGAGGGAACGACAGAACAGGUGACAUCAAAGAUGUUCUUGACAUUGAGAAUCUGCAGCUGAAUGAUCACACCAACAAAGCCAGUAAAACACAGCAGACAGAGUGGGCUUGUCCCUCAUGCACUUUCAUCAACAAGCCAUCACGUCCCGGCUGUGAAAUCUGCGCUACAGCCAGACCUGACACACACAUCCAUCAGGAGAAAGGGAGGAGGGAGGACCGAGGAGAGUCUGGACUAAGCAGCAGCUGACUGCCCAUCAUCGCUGUGUGGUCGCCGUGUCUCAUCUCACUCACACACACAUAAUCAUGCAUACACACAUACACACACACACACACACACACACACACACACACACACACACACACACGCAGAGGAGAUGCCAAAUCUGCCUCUUACAUGUUGACAAAUACUCACACAAAGCCUGUCAAGUGCACUGAGAGUCCUCUGACAGCUGUCUGGCUACUGAUGACCGGAGCGUUUGAAGCACUGUAGCAUGACGCAGAACCGCACUGGCCGAGGAUCAGACAUCGAACUGCAGACACAGAGCGUCAGAUUUCUAUGGACAUGACCAUGACAUACAUUUGGACUGACCUCUUUGUUAUUUAUUUUACAGGAUGUGUGUGUGUGCGUGGUGCAAACACAGACGGCCUGAUAUUUAUUUAAGGGGGAGACAGACGUGAUGUAAGUUCUUGAGUCUUUUGAUUGCAGCUGAAAAAAAAGAGGGACUUUCAGUUCAUACUAACUGUGAAGUGAGAGAAAAGGUUGAAGCCUUGUGCAAUCCCCUGCUCUGUGUCAGUCAUCUGUUGGUUCCAAAGUCACGUGGAAAGCCGAGCAGAGACGGUGUGUCACGUUUACAGGGUGGUCAAGUGCUUUUAUUUUUUUAUAUCAUUGUAUUUAGUGUUUUAUUUUUAACAGGAUGCAUUGAGUAAUUGAUGUACAUUUUAGCAGUUGAUCUAAUUUUACUCAGUUUCCUCACAGCUGUGACAGCAAUGGAAUGACCUGUUUUCAGUACAUAAUACUGUAAAAAAAAUGCAUUACCUGAAUAAACAUACAGAAACUAAA